CGCCUCAGAAUCUGUCAGGGUGGCUUACUUGGGAGGUUGACAAGAGUGAAGGGAGGAGUGAGGCUGGGGGAGCUUAGCUGACUGGGGGUCAGACCUACCAGGGGAAUCUUCUAAUGAUCUUAGGCGCUUAGCUGGCCCGGCCCCGCCCCCUGCCGCCUGCCCCUGCACUGCCCACUGCGUUCAGUCGCCAGGAGAUGAGGCUCAGUGGAGGAAAGGGGUCAAGAGGGGCCCUGGCCUAAGGCAUCAAUCUGCAGGAGCCCAGGAGGAGGCGCGGAACCCCGGCAUCUCUGCGGGCGGAAUGGGGCAGCAGUUCAGCUGGGAGGAGGUGGCCGGUGAGAUGGAUGUGGCCGAGCUCCAGGAGUGGUACAAGAAGUUCGUGGUGGAGUGCCCCAGCGGCUCUCUCUUCAUGCACGAGUUUAAGCAUUUCUUCAGGGUCGCGGGCAAUGAGGAGGCCACCCAGUACGUAGAGAGCAUGUUCCAAGCCUUCGACAAGAAUGGGGACAACACCAUCGACUUCCUGGAGUAUGUGGCCGCCCUGAACCUCGUGCUCAGGGGCACCCUGGAGCACAAGCUGAAGUGGACCUUCAAGAUCUAUGACAAGGACCGCAACGGUUACAUCGACCGUCUGGAGCUGCUCGACAUUGUGGAGGCCAUCUACAAGCUGAAGAAAGCCUGCAGGGUGGAGAUGGAGGAGGAGCAGCAAGGACAGCUGCUCACGCCCGAGGAGGUGGUGGACAGGAUCUUUCUUCUGGUGGAUGAGAACGGAGAUGGCCAGCUGUCUCUGAAUGAGUUCAUUGAAGGUGCCCGUCGUGACAAGUGGGUGAUGAAGAUGCUGCAGAUGGACAUGAGUGCUAGUGGCUGGAUCUCUCAGCAGAGGCGGAGAAGCGCCAUGUUCUGAGGGGUCUGGGGCCCUGGGUGAGUCCACAGGCCCCUCCAAGACUCCACGUUCAUCAGGUUUCCAGAGUAGUGGGAGGGUCCCUGGCUCAGGCGGAUUAUGCUCACUCUUCUCUGCGCCAUGAAAGGGGUUGGGGCUGAGCAGGAAGUAGGGGGUGGUCUGAAGUGGCCAACGGGACACGGUCAUUGGGAGGAUGGACCAGGUGGUGAAGGGACAGUUCCCUCUCUCUCCCUUCAGCUGCUUCUGGGGAAAGCUGCUUUGGCUGGGGGAUUGUUUGGUGUCCACAAUUUCCUACAUCCUACAAGGUUCUCAGCUGGAAGCAGGGGAGUACUGGGGGGAGGGGGUCCCAUAGACCAAAUCAGCAGUGAGAAUGCCCACAGAGUGUGAAACAGAAUAGGAGUUGGGGGGUGAAUGAUAAUUACAUCCCCCCUAGGAUCCUGAGGAGUUCAUGGGGAGGACUCUUGCCUCUUGCCUCCUCCUCCCCAACUUGUCCUCACCAGGGAUGUCAAACUGAGGUCUUCCGACUCUUGGAGUGGUCGGCUGUGCUUAAAGGGACCAGUUCACCUCUGCCCUGGUGCUGCUCCCCCAGUCCCUGCUGCCAAGCCACACCCCCCCCCACAAUCCUCCCGUCCCUGUCCCUACCCCUCGUCCACACUCCACACCCCCCUCCA